AGGCGGAGCCGGGAGCAAGGCCAGACCGCGGGGGCCCGGGAGGGCGGCAGAUCCCCGAGGCUCCCGCAGCCGCGGCAGGACCGGCCAGCGGCGCCAUGGAGGGGAGCCCCAUCCCGGUGCUGACGGUGCCCACGGCGCCCUAUGAGGAUCAGCGGCCGGCCGGUGGUGGCGGGCUGCGGCGGCCCACAGGGCUCUUCGAGGGUCAGCGCAACUACCUGCCCAACUUCAUCCAGAGUGUGCUGUCGUCCAUCGACCUGCGCGACCGUCAGGGUUGCACCAUGGUGGUGGGAAGCGACGGCAGGUACUUCAGCAGGACGGCCACAGAGAUCGUGGUGCAGAUGGCUGCGGCCAACGGGAUUGGUCGACUGAUUAUUGGGCAGAAUGGCAUCUUGUCGACCCCCGCAGUCUCCUGCAUUAUCAGGAAGAUCAAGGCAGCUGGUGGGAUCAUCCUAACAGCCAGCCACUGUCCUGGAGGACCAGGGGGAGAGUUUGGAGUGAAGUUUAAUGUUGCCAAUGGAGGUCCUGCACCAGAUGUUGUCUCAGACAAGAUCUACCAGAUCAGCAAAACAAUUGAGGAAUAUGCCAUAUGUCCAGAUCUUCGAAUCGACCUAUCUCGACUGGGAAGACAAGAAUUUGACCUGGAGAACAAAUUCAAACCAUUCAGAGUGGAGAUUGUGGACCCCGUUGACAUCUAUCUCAAUCUCCUCCGGACAAUCUUUGACUUUAAUGCCAUCAAGAGUUUGCUGACAGGGCCCAGCCAGCUGAAGAUCCGCGUUGAUGCUAUGCAUGGAGUUAUGGGACCCUAUGUAAGGAAAGUUCUGUGUGAUGAACUGGGAGCUCCAGCCAAUUCCGCAAUAAACUGUGUCCCAUUAGAAGACUUUGGAGGGCAGCACCCGGACCCAAACCUGACCUAUGCGACCACCCUUCUGGAAGCCAUGAAGGGGGGAGAAUAUGGAUUUGGAGCUGCAUUUGAUGCUGAUGGGGACCGUUAUAUGAUCCUUGGUCAAAAUGGCUUCUUUGUGAGUCCCUCAGACUCCCUCGCCAUCAUCGCUGCCAACCUCUCUUGCAUUCCGUAUUUCCGUCAGAUGGGGGUUCGCGGGUUUGGGAGGAGUAUGCCAACCAGCACGGCUCUGGACAGAGUGGCUAAAUCAAUGAAGGUUCCUGUGUAUGAGACUCCUGCUGGAUGGAGAUUCUUCUCAAAUCUGAUGGACUCUGGACGCUGCUCUCUGUGUGGCGAGGAGAGCUUCGGCACUGGGUCUGAUCACCUCCGAGAGAAAGAUGGCCUUUGGGCUGUCUUGGUCUGGCUGUCCAUUAUUGCUGCCCGGAAACAGAGCGUGGAGGAAAUUGUUAGAGACCAUUGGGCCAAAUAUGGCCGCCACUACUACUGCAGGUUUGAUUAUGAGGGACUGGAGCCCAAGGCAACCUAUUACAUCAUGAGGGAUCUGGAGGCCCUAGUUACAGACAAGUCCUUCAUCGGCCAGCAGUUUGCUGUAGGGAGCCACAUUUACAGCAUUGCCAAGACUGACAGCUUUGAAUAUGUGGACCCCGUGGAUGGCACCGUGACCAAGAAACAGGGCCUGAGGAUCAUUUUCUCGGAUGCAUCCCGGCUAAUAUUCCGGCUCAGUUCCUCCAGCGGUGUGCGGGCCACCAUCAGACUGUAUGCAGAGAGCUACGAGAGGGAUCCCAGCGGUCACGACCAGGAACCACAGGCAGUGCUGAGCCCGCUCAUAGCCAUCGCACUGAAAAUAUCUCAGAUUCACGAGAGGACCGGCCGGAGAGGACCCACCGUCAUCACCUGAGCACAGGGCGGCAGAGCACUCAGAGAGAUGCUUCACCAUGCCUUCUUGCUUCCUGUUUGUGCCUCUUAGGACUUUGGAAAAACAAAAGCUAUUUUGCUGUUGGGG